CUUCUUGACUAAUGCUAUGGUUUCCUUGUAUAAAUUGCCCACCGCUUCAGUUUCCCCAAUUGGUAUUUUUGUCUUAUUAUUUUUCCCUUUUAUUGAAAAAUAGAUUCUUUCCUCAUACAAAUUUCCUUUUUUAUUGUUAAUUUAUAAGCUUGUUUUACAUAGCAAGCAUAGAAGUAUAUUGUGUAUUUCAAAAUAUUUUCUUUAGACUUAUUAGCUUUAUUUUACUUUUAAAACCUUGUUUAUUUUGUUAUUUUGUAUAUAUGAGCCUGUUGCCUGCAUUUAUGUAUGUGAAAUGUGGGAGACAGGUUCUGGAGGAAGGCAGAAGACUACAUUAGAUCUUCCAGGACUGGAGUUAAAGGCAGUUGUGAGGCAUCCUGUGAGUGCAGGGACGUGAACCCAGGUCCCCUGGAAGAACAAGUAUUCUUAACCACUGAGCCAUCCCUCUAGGAGAAUAUUUGGAAAAGCAACAUGAGAGUGAAAAGUUCCAUUAAUACUGAGAGGCUAUAGGAGUCCCACUGGGUAAAAUGUACUAACUAAACUCAGUAAUAAAAACAACAGCUGGGUUUCAUUGAGCACUUGCUAGUAACACGUGUACUAAUACGAGUCAUUUAACCUUCACAAAAACUCUAGUGAUUUUCACCAUCACCCCCAUUCUUGAUGAGAAAAGCAAGGUGAGAGCAAGUCCAAGGUCACACAACUAAAUAGAGGGAAGACCACUUUUUAAAUAAAAUGGCCCAAUUCCAGAACCUGUCAUUUUUAAUCAAACUAUAAUUAAACUUUCACCCCCAGAGUAAAUAGGAGUAUUUCUAACACUAUAUAGGUUGAGUCCUCUGUCAAGCAUUCUCUUCUGACUCUACCAUUCAAAGCUUUCCUUGACCUUCACCCAGAGCAUACCAUGGUCAAGAAAGUCGCAGUGAUCGGAGCUGGCGUGAGUGGCCUCUCCUCUAUCAAGUGUUGCUUAGAUGAAGACCUGGAACCCACCUGCUUUGAGAGAAGCGAUGACUUCGGGGGACUGUGGAAGUUUGCCGAAACUUCCAAUGACGGAAUGACCAGAGUCUACAGGUCACUAGUGACAAAUGUCUGUAAGGAAAUGUCAUCUUACAGUGACUUCCCAUACCAAGAAUAUUACCCCAAUUUCAUGGACCACAAGAAAUUCUGGGAGUAUCUCAGGGAAUUUGCCGAGCACUUUGACCUCCUGAAAUAUAUCCGGUUUAAGAAACCCAAUGGGAAGAAGUGACUACAACCCUCAACA